AUGAAACCCAAAUUAUCAAUAACAAUUAUGAUGAAUAAAAAGAAAUUAUCACAAACUAUUCUGAAAUAUUUUGCUAAUACCAUUGGAUUUUCAUGUCGAAUAACUCCUGCUCCUAAUACAUCAUUAGAAUUAGAUUAUUUAUUACAAAAUUUCCAAAAAUUAGCUCCAUUAGAUAAUUUUCAAACUAGUUCUGAUUCAAUUCGUGAUCAUGAUCAUCAUGAUUAUCAUCAUCAUCAGAAUGGAUUUUUCAUAAAUGCCAUUUAUAAUCCUUGUCAAAAUGAAUCUUGGUUUAAAUUAAUUAAAUUAGAUGAAAAUCAUCAAUUAUUUAAACAAAUUGAUAAUAAAUUAAUAAACAACUAUAACAACAACAACAAUAAUAAUAAUAAUAAUAAUCAAACAAUAAAGAAUGAUUUUAUAAAAAUAUUAACUAGUUUAGUGGCAAUUCCAAGAUAUUCAUAUAUUGAAAAUAAUCAACAAUUUCAAAAUUAUAAAUUACAAUUAAGAUUUGAUCAUAAUUUACAAAGAUCUAUAACUAAUUAUAAAGGGAAAUAUAAUUUGACAACUAGUACUAUUGAUAAUCCAUUUAUUUCAAUUAUAAACAAUAAAAAUGAUAAAAAUGGUAAAGAUGAUGAAGUUCAGAUUGAUUAUGAAAAAUUGAGAGUAAAUCUAAGGCAUAAUUUUCAAAAAUUUCAUAAAUUUGAUAAAAUUGAAAUCAUAACAAAUCCAAAUAGAUUAAUAAAUAAAUUGAAAUGA